AUGCGCUUCUUUCCUGUCGUCCUCGCUCUUGCUGUCGCCGCUAUCGCAGCCCCUGUACCCGUCGCUGAACCCCAAGAUGCCCCACCAGCGGCGACAACGACCACCGGUGGAGUGCUAAAACAUAAGCGCGAUAUUUGGUGGCCGUUGGGCAUUUCCUCCUGUGUGAGUCGACUAAGCUGCCAUCCAUCCAUAUCUGGUGCUCGUCGGUUUGACAUCCUCACCUUUGGUGCCUUACUGGAAAAGGUCGUUGCCCUUCCCGUCUUCUCCACUGCUGUAUGGCUACCACAGAGUUGUCCCCGACGGCUGGCACCGCCGCCCUUAGCGCCUGCUCGAACUUGGUCUCCCCCACUUCGGCCAGUGGUGCUGGCAUUCAUUAUUGGCAAGAUGGAGUCCAACAAGGUGAUCAGGAGAGCCGAUCCAUCCACCAUACAGAACAAGGUGCUCGUGGGAUAUCAAGGAUGGUUCACAUGCGCCGGGGAUGGUCCUCCCGUCCAUCAAGGCCAUCACGGAUGGCUUCAUUGGUUCGACAAACCUCUCAAUCAAGGCGGACGUCCCAACUUUGAUCUUUUCCCCGACGUUUCUGAAUAUGCCCCCGAGGAGCUCUACCCAGCACCUGGUCUAUCCUACCCUCCAACACACUUUAAAGCUGGUCAAACUGCGCUCCUCUUUUCGUCGAGAAAUCAAGCCACUGUCAAUCGCCAUUUCCACUGGAUGGCCCGCCAUGCCAUUGAUGGUGUCUUCUUGCAACGGUUUGCCACCCAGUGCGAGGUCGAUGGCAACGUGAAUAGCCCCACCGCCGACCUUAUGAGGUUAAGAGACGAAGUAUUGGACCGGGUGCGGGCAGCAGCAGAAAAAGAGAAUAGGGUAUGGGCCAUCAUGUAUGAUGUGACAGGUGUUCCAGCGGAUCGUAUCGAACACGUACUUCGCGUCGAUUGGCAUCAUCUACUCUCCGACAAGCGCAUUCUCGAUUCACCGUACUACGUCAGAGAAAAAGGUCAACCAGUCGUUGCUGUUUGGGGGCUAGGUUUCGAGGGAGCUCGGCAUACACCGCAGAGCGCAGCGGCGAUUGCACGGAAUUUCAAGUCCUCGAUUCCUGGAGGCGCAUAUGUGUGGGCAGGAGUUCCAUCACAAUGGAGGACUCUUUCUGGCGACAUGGAUCCCAACCCUGGCUUCAUUGAAGUGUUUAAAAACGAGUUUGAUGCCAUCAGCCCCUGGACAGUCGGAAGGUACCACACUAUCGAAGCUAUCGACCGCUUUUGCGAGGAACGGACUGCAGGUGACUUUAAAGAACUCAAGGAUCUGCCUAAAAAGGUCGACUAUUUCCCCACUAUUUGGCCUGGGGGCUCGAGUCACAAUCUGUCCGAGGGUCGCCUUGGACUGAACGAUGCACCUCGCCUGGGCGGGAAAUUCCUAUGGAGACAACUCUGGAACGUGAAACACCUUGGAGCACGCACAAUCUACGUUGCCAUGUUUGACGAAUACGAUGAAGGAACGGCUAUACUACCUUCCGUUCCUCUCAAGCGGUCUCUUCCCAAAUGUGACGACCCAAACAGGCAAUUCCCAUUCAUUGCUCUUGACGCAGAUGGCGAAGACAAUCUAUCCCCUGACUGGUAUUUACGAGUUUGUGGGUUUGCGGUCGAAGUGAUGAGAGACGAGCGGAGGAUCCAUGCCGACUUUCCCAAGAAGCAGAUCGACGAUUACUGGGCGACAAGGCCAAAAUACGAAACGCUCGAAGCCGCUUAUUCGAGUGCAAGCGGACUCUCUGCCUCGACCGCCUCCAUCGUGGCGGGUGGCUCUGGCUCGUCGAGCAGUCAAGCGGUCCCAAGUAAUUCAUCCCUGACACCUGCUUCUGGGUCGAAUGUCGCACCUAUCGUCGCUGAAGCGACACAAUCCGGUCCGAAACCCCCAGUUAGGAAGGAUACGGGUAGCUGGGGUGUCUUUGGCAUUGAUGAUACAGAUGGCCCACCACCGUACAGUCUGGAAACGGACUUUCCGUCAUCACCUGUAGUGACUACCGCCUCAACGGCCGUCAAUGCGACGACCAUUGCUCCCAAUCCGAUAGCUGGCACACAACCUGCGAUUGGUGCAUCUCCCAAUCUCGGUACUGUAGCUAGCGGAUCUCCUCUAGGUGCCAAUGUUCAUCGCGCGUCAUCCUACAGUGCAGGUUCAGGGAACACAAGCGAAGGUGCGACAGGACUCGGACGGUCGAGCACCUAUUCGCCCUCAUCGGCGCAUUCCGGGGCGUCUGCUUCUGGGUCGACAGCUUCGACACCCAACAGACCGAUUUUCGCUCCCCCUACAUUUGCUCCUCCCAGCUCUAGACCCUCAAGUAGCGCGUCAUCUCCGUUACGGCCACCGGAGCGGCCUCCUGUACAUCCAUCCUCGCCACUGGCAGGCCCUAGUACAGGCAGCGUAGGCUCGUCGACGCCUCCCCAAACAUACUCGCCAUAUCAACGCCCUGGAACACUAUCGUCUCCCCCCGGAACCCCGUCCGUGGGACACCCGAGUAGUCUUCCGCAGCAGUUUGCGACUAGUAUGAAUAUCUCCUCUCCAAACCCCUUGCCUACGACAGCUCCCACGGCGGGCACUGAACCAACGACGGCACUAUAUAAUCCAGCGUUUGCGCCCCAUGUCGCACCUUCGACGUCGCAGGGCCCGAUGAUCGCCCCAUCUUCAACUGGAACUGGUCUCGGUAUUCACUCGGCUGAUCCAGCAAAUCCAAUGUACGCCCCAGGCGCCGUCCCAAGUAUUGGGACACCUGGUGGAUUCGUCGCACCCCCUGUCGGUCAAGGGCCUAGUCCAACAUGGAAUGCAUCCACAUCGGGUGAUGGGGGCUACUUUAGUGGUGGAUUCAACGCAGCAAAUCCCGUCCCAGGAUCGAGCAACGUUGCGGCCGGAGGAUCGUCCCCUGCGCCGUCGCACUGGGCCUCUCCGUCAAUUCCACCACCCUCAAACUCAGUCUACCCGACUGCACCACAAUGGAACACCCCGAAUACGACUCCUGGUUUCGUGACGCCUAGCGGGUCGUAUGCACCACCAGCCCAAGGACCAUCGCAUUUUGCGCCACCCACGGCACCUCCGUCUGCAUUCGCUGGUGUGGGUGUGGCAGGAGCUGGUGGACAAACUUGGACAUCCCCUUAUCCCUCUCCAGGGGGUGGACCUAGUACUUCAAACGCGUACUCAAGUCCAAGUGUGCCGCCUAAUCUUCCACCUAGACCUCCUGGUGCACCAGGUCAGUCAGGUGGAUUCGUUGCCCCGCCGAACACGUUCCUUGGUGGAUUCAUGAAACAAGCUUCAGGUGUUGUUGAUAAGUACGCCGGAGAGAGUACACGGAUUCAGAUCGAAAAGGGCGUCAUGACAGCCGCACAAACUGGGUCAAAGCUGCUCGGCAAGUUUACAAAAUAA